UUUUGUAGUGAUAAUCAAGGUGGGCCAUUUCCAGAUAAAUAUCUCUAAUGUGGUUCAAAGGGACAAUGUCAGUUUGAAAUCUGGUCAGUUAAAGAAAUGACCAGGUAGUGUAUUGACCUAUCAGUCUACCACCCAAGUGUUGUGGGUUUAUAAGAGCAUUUUCCUAGGUGUUUUUUGUUUUGUUUUUUAAUAUUUUUCUGUCCCCUGUUGCUGUGUGAAUUAUUACACAAACAGCAGAGGAAGCUGGCAAACUGAGCCCAAUUCAGCAGCCAUUUAUGCACAAAAGUGGUUCAGGAUUGGGCCCUAUGCAAAGGAAACUGUUAAUGGUGUGCAUUGACCGUUAUAUGAAUUGGAAGAAAACUUUUUUUUUUAAAUUGCCGGUCUCUUUGAUUUAUAAUAAUCAUAGCUGCUACUUGUAACAAUAGGUAGUAAACAUUAAGACAGAAUGAACAGUUCAGAACUGUGUUGGUAGCAGUAAAACUCAUCAGAAUCAUGUCACUUUUACUCUGCUGAUGCUUGGCAAUGCUUUUGAGUAGCAGAGCAGACCCACUGGAGCUGUGGCCUCUCUAAUUGCCCUCCUUUCCAUCCAUUAUCUUUUGUUCUCUGCAUAGUGGGUGUCUGAUUAAAUUCUUCAUGUUCCACAAUGUAGCACCUUACUGCAGUUUAUUUAGAUUGUGAGCUCCUUAGCUCACAGACAGUGGGGUUUUUUUCUGGGUUUUGUACAGUAGAUUGUAGAGCAGAUUAUCAGUGGUUAAGAAAUAAAAAGUAAGACACCAGAGCAAAUGUAAUACUUGAAUUACAAAAUAGCAUCCAGAAAUCUAAUGAUCUGGAGUACGUGGCUUUUAGGCAGUCAAACAGUGGAGUGAUUUAUUGUAAUUGAGCAAUAUGGCAUGUCCUAGUGCCUUGCCACACUUAGGGUGUGAAUUCAUGGCAAAUACACAUUUUUUUCGUCCAGUUCAUGUCAGGAAUCAGUCACUUUUUUUUUUUUAAAUAGUGUAACUCUACAUCACAUAGUUUUGUUGAAAAAGAACUUUGGGUACAAUUUCUCUUCAGACCCGCAAAGAAAAUGUUUAAUGUGUGUGCUAUUCUGCUUCAGAGUUGAAGUUGGUUCUCUUUAUUUAAAUAAAUACAUCUUUUCGUUGGGUGUUUACCACUAAAUCUACCCUCUGGCUCUCGUAGCCGGUCAGUUAUAUGAACUUGCUGAUUCUGGAGUUGUAUUGCUUUGCAUGCAGAGUGAAAAGUCCCCAGGGGUCAUUCAUCAAUUCUGCAAAGUGGAAAUAAAUAUGUGUACAAUGAGAUGGAAGGAAAGUUUGCUGGCAAAAAUCAAAUAACUUAAAAAAGCAGCUUUUCCAUUAAGUGUGUUCUUCUCCCUGUGUAGGCUAAUAACUUUCCAAAAGCCAUUGCAGCAGCUCAUACAUUUCUGCUGAAGCACCCCAAUGACGAGAUGAUGCAGAGGAAUAUGGCUUAUUACAAGAGCAUGCCUGAUGCCGAGGAGCAUAUUAAAGACUUGGAGACAAAGCCAUAUGAGACUCUCUUUGUCAGGGCUGUGAGGGCAUACAAUGGGGACAACUGGAGGACUUCCAUCUCUGAUAUGGAGCUGGCACUUCCUGAUUUCUUCAAAGCCUAUGAAGACUGCCUUGCAGCCUGUGAAGGCUCCCGGGAGAUCAAAGAUUUUAAAGACUUUUAUAUUUCAAUAGCAGAUCACUACACUGAAGUCCUUGAAUGCAAAAUGCAGUGUGAAAGUAACCUGACGCCAGUCAUAGGAGGCUUUGUUGUGGAGAAGUUUGUGGCAACCAUGUAUCAUUACUUACAGUUUGCCUAUUAUAAAUUGAAUGACAUGAAGAAUGCAGCCCCUUGUGUUGCAAGCUACAUGCUCUUCGACCAGAAAGAUGAAGUGAUGAAACAGAACAUGGUCUAUUAUCAAUACCAUAAAGACAAAUGGGGACUCACAGAGGAAGAUUUCCAGCCUAGACCAGAAGCAGUUCGAUAUUAUAACAUAACCACACUUCAGACAGAAAUGUAUGAAUUUGCAAAGCAGCAUAUAAUGGAUGAUGAUGAGGGUGAAGUUGUGGAAUUCCUUGAUGAACUACUUGAAGUGGAUGAAAACAGUGAAUCCUGAUGAACAAAAUCAAGGCAUAGUUUUUAAAAAAUAAAGACCCACUGUUGUGCCUUCGUAUCAUCAUUUGUAGCUCAGGUUAGAGAUACCUUGAAUCUGUAUCUUUAACCUCAGUAAAAUGUCAUGAGUCUUUCCUGUGAGAUCACUGCUACGCUGCACUGAUCUUUUCAUGAGUGUGGUUUUUCAUUGUAUGCUCUCAAAGUUGAGCCAUAUGUGAUAUAAUCUUGUGUUUGAUUUCUUUAAAAUGGUACUUUUAAAAAAGAAAGCUAUUCAAAUGCUCUCACCUGUCACUGAGCCUCCUUCAGUCGGCUCAGCUAAACUGUAAUAGGUUGGCUAAAUUCUGAAGAGGUUUUGCCAGAGUAUGGACCAAGCAAUUGAAUAGGGCAUACCAACUCUCCAGAUUUUCUGAGGUAUGUAAUGGUAUUUUGUAUGUGGCUUUCCCCAUGAUGAGUAACAAACUUACACGAAAUUUCAGUGCAUCAGAAGAUGCUAAUGCAUCAAACAGACUGCUCCAUAAUUUAGAUUGUAAACUUUUUGGGCAAAGACUCUCCUUUUGUUCUGUUUGUACAAUCCCUAGUAGAGUGGGGUCUUGGUCCAUACUUAGCAUUCCCAGGCAUUAUGGUAAUAAUAAAAAAUAACUGAAAUGUGCUUUGUUUAACUGACUUAGCUAAUUAGACAGACAAGGUGGGUGAGGUAGUAUUUUUUUUAUUUUAAUAAAAUAUAUUACCUCACCCACCUUGUCUGUAAUAUCCUGGGACUGACUGGGCUACAACUACACUGUCUUAAUUAAUGGCCUUUUAAAAACUGCUCUGAGAAGUUCCUUCUGUCAGUAGUUUUGAUCUGUCUUGAAAAUUGCACUAGGUUCGAUGGUAUGAAGCAGGAGAUCAGUCAGAAUUAAUGCAAUAAGUAGUUAAAUUUCUCUUUCUCAAUUUUUGCUCCUUUAGGGCCCAAUCUUGCAUACCUCUGCUCUCACAAGUAGUCCUUGUCCAUGUGAGUAGUUUCACUGAAUUAAAAUGGUUCUUCUUGUGUGAGUAAGAGCUAAUCAGGUUAAAAAAAAUAUGGUUUUUGUAUUCUCUCAUCUAGAUAAGGGUUUUCAGGCUCUUUAGUUUGAUGGGCAAUCUGCAUAUUUUCAUACUCAAAAGGAAGUAGAGAUAAAGGUAUCUGUUUGAAGAACCAUUUAUCUUAAUAAAGAGCAAACUUGAGAUGUAAUCAUAAUCUCUGUACCCAUUGCUGAUGGUAAAUGGGAUGUGAUCAUGAAGAAUACAUCUAUACCAACUUUUGACCAUAGGUGGGAGGACUAUUUGGGAGAUUGAACUCCUAUCUUUUUCACUAGUGUAUUUUCCUUGUUUUGUAUAUGAUCCUACCCUAUAAAUAAAUUAUUUUUGAAGACCAUGAAAAAUAUUGUAUUUAAAGAUAAUAGGUGAAAUCCUGGCCCCAUUGAAGUCAAUGGCAAAAGUCCUAUUGACUUCAGUGAAACCAGGAUAUCAAGUCUUUCUUUAAGGGCUAGAACCUGCAGUGCUUGAGAUCUACUCACUUCAGUGGGAGGCAUGGGCAUUCAGCCCCUUUCAUGGCUGAUCCCUAACUCGGCUAUGGAGUUCCAGUAUGUUCAAGUAAAUUUGGAGAAGCAUGAACCCUGCUAUUUUGCUGAACAGUCAUCACUGCACAUUUACCAGCUAUACGCUAGCUCCAAGCUGUAUCAGG